GACAACACCAGCAAGAUGAUGUUGACGACGACAUUCUAAAAUGUUCUAAAAAAAAAAUAUCGUAUGAUUGUUUACAACAUUCCAAAGUUCAAAAACCUACUUAAAAACAAGUUUCUAAAAAUUAGAAAAACAGUGCCAAGUCAUCAUCUGGUCAUUGUUAUUUUCAUUAUCUUUUUAUUCGUUGGCAGUUGUAAUCAAGUGGUCUCACUGUAAUCAUGGCCAACAAAAAUGAAAAGUCUAAAAAAAAUGAUAACAACAGUAUUGGUAAUAUUUACUUGAUAUUAUACAAUAUUUCACUUGUUAUUGGGUGGAGUUAUAUAUUGUGUAUUUUAACACGUUACUAUUUUACAAAUGAUUUCAAAGGUCAAAGUCUGUGGAAUGUUGUUUUUAAUUCAUUGAUGAUAUCACAAAAUGCUGCUGUACUUGAGAUUGUUCAUGCAUCAACUGGAUUGGUACGUUCAAAUCCAAUUAUAACAACGUUUCAAGUAUUAAGCAGAGUCAUGGUUGUUGUUGGUGUUUUAUUAGCAACUCCAUCAACUGUAUCAGCUUCAUCAAUUGGUCUUCCAAUUGCUCUCUUUGCCUGGUCAGUUACUGAAAUUAUUCGUUAUGGUUAUUAUUUUGCAAAUCUCGUUGGAUAUGUACCAUAUUUUCUUGUAUGGUUGAGAUAUACAACAUUUAUUGUUCUUUAUCCAAUUGGUGUUACUGGUGAAUUAUUGUGCUUUUAUGCUGCUCAAGUAUAUGCUUCGAAAAAUACAAAUCUUUGGAGUUAUUCAUUACCAAAUUCAUGGAAUUUUACAUUCAGUUAUCAUUAUCUUCUUAUAACUAUUAUGUUACUCUACAUUCCAUUAUUUCCACAUCUGUAUCUUCAUAUGUUUGGACAAAGAAAAAAACUUCUUGGACCACUAAAAACUACAAAGACACAAAAAGUUAAUUAAUACAACUAAUUAUUUGAUUAAUUUUUUUAUGAAAAAAAAAAAAAAGAAGAAAUGUUGUAAAAUUUACAAAUAAAAAGCUAUUUUAAUGUGUUAUAAAUUUAUAAUAUAUUUAUAAAAAAAUAAAAUUGAAUACAUUGAUAAUAAUUAUAACAGA